AUGGCACAGUUGCACCUGGCUGACUCCUACCGCAAUGGCCUCAUAGUCCGCCCCGAUAUUUCAAAAGCACUUCAAUUGUAUCGUGACCUCGCAGAGCGUGGACUUGCACAGGCUCAAGUUGGCCUCGGUCGAUGUUUCGAGAACGGCGAAGGAGUUGACCAAGACUACGAAACUGCCAUCAAGUGGUACACCAAGGCUGCGAACCAAGGAAACACCGACGGCAAACUCCGAGUCGAGUUCCUCCAAUGUUACUAUAAUGGCUGGGGAGUAUUGGAUGAUAACUCGAAGGCAUUCGAGUGGUACAGCAGAUCGGCCAACUUGAACAACUCGUACGGGCAGCUGGGGGUUGGCCUAUGUUACUAUAACGAAUGUGGUGUUGUUGGUGACGACGCCAGGGCGGUUGAGUGGUAUCGCAAAUCUGCCGAGCAAGGCAAUCGGCGUGGGCAGUAUUGGCUCGGUUUCUGCCACAGUAAGGGCUAUGGUGUCGCCGAGGACCUCGAGUCGGCUCUUUUUUGGUAUCAGAAGGCGGCAGACCAAGGCAACGAAGGUGCAAUCGACAGUCUGUGGUUCCUCAAGGAGUGCCCCUGA